AUUAUCAUUCCUAAGAAUGUGGCCCCCAGCCAAAAAUCACAGAUUUGACCUAAAAAUUAGCUUACAAAAAAUUUGACCAAAAUUAGCGUAACCAGUUGCCGGUUGGCCGCUACACGGUCGGCAAGUUCUUGUCGCAAAUUUAAUCAAUCAAAUUAUCAUCCACGAAAGAAAAAGAAGAAAAGAGAGGGGACAUGGGAGGAGGAAGCAAAGAGCGAGCAAAGGAAAGAAGAGAGAAAAGGCAACAAGAAAUUUCACUUCUUCGAACCAUUCCUUACUCUGAUCACCAAAGGUGGUGGUCCCAAGAAACAAUUGCAGUAGUGACAGGUGGUAACAGAGGAAUAGGGUUUGAAAUAGUGAGACAACUGGCAAACCAUGGUUUAACAGUUGUAUUAACGUCAAGAGCAAGUGGGGCUGGCCUUGAAGCUGUUCAUGUAUUGCAAGAAUCAGGUCUUAGCGUUGUCUUUCAUCAACUCGAUAUCUCUGAUUCUUCUUCUAUCAAACACUUUGCUGACUGGAUACAGCAAACUUAUGGUGGUCUUGAUAUUCUGGUGAAUAAUGCAGGUGUUAAUUACAAUGUUGGGUCUGAAAAUUCUGUUGAAUUUGCACGUAAUGUUAUUGAUACUAAUUAUUACGGGACUAAGAAUUUGAUUAAAGCUAUGAUUCCUUUGAUGAGGCAUUCUGCUGCAGGCGGUCGCAUUGUUAGUGUAAGCUCAAGGCUUGGUAGAUUAAAUGGCAGACGAAAUAGAAUUGGGGUUGCGACUUUGAGAGAACAAUUAAGUAACCUGGAAACGCUAUCAGAGGAGCUCAUUGAUAGGACUCUAUCUACUUUCCUACAGCAAGUAGAAGAUGGAACUUGGUCGUCAGGUGGGUGGCCUCAGACUUUCACUGACUACUCGAUGUCAAAACUUGCAGUUAAUGUUUUCACUAGGUUAAUGGCAAAGGAGCUGUCAGACCGACCUGAAGGUGAGAGGAUCUAUAUCAACUGCUUCUGUCCAGGUUGGGUGAAGACUGCCAUGACAGGUUGGGCUGGUAAUGUAUCAACUGCAGAUGGGGCUGAUACUGCAGUGUGGCUUGCCCUGCUUUCAGAACAUUCAAUAUCAGGAAAGUUCUUUGCAGAGAGACGUGAAAUAAGCUUCUGAGGCAAUUGUGCUGAGGCCUAUUACAGGAUGUGUGAGCAAGUUCCCAUCUCCUGAAUUUGAGAACAGAUCAAAUGGGGAAAGAUUAAUGCCAGUGGAGGAGUCAUUCAUACAUUCUCCAUUUAAAGGAGUUUGCCUUGCAGAUUUUACUCAUAAGGAGUUGAAAGAAGAUUUCUUUCCUUGUUGGAAUGAAGACACAUACAUGGGUAGCCAGUCUGCUUGAUCUCCAGAAGGGUACAGCAAGCAAUAUAAACUGUCAACUUUCCCUUGAAAAUCAUGCUAGGUUUUUCUUUGAGCACAGGAUUGCCGUCAAACAUCCAAUUAGCUGAGAUUCCUAAACUGGAUUGAGUUGAUAAGUGUGUUCCCUUUUAAGGUUUUAAUUAUACUUUUAGUUGUUUCCUGCCUUCAAUAUUCUCAAUCAAGCUGUAUAGAAUACAAGUUAUAAACUCUCCAUUUUUUUUCUUCUAAAAUUUAAAGAAAUCGUGGCAGCUUCUUAUA